CAAUUAAAGGCCUUUAGAAACCUGGAAUGGCGCAGAAGUAACAAGAAGUCAAUUUAUGGUAAUCAACUAGAUUACAGAAACUCACUACAAAGAUUUUGGAUAUAUUGGUUAUUGAUAACAGUCACUUGAUUUGAAGUGAGCGGAACACAACUGGGAAUGACUAGUGAUGGUGAACCCGAUUCCAGUUGUGUAAUAACAGCUGUUGGUUUCGUAUCACAGAGUGGAGCCAAACAACAAAAAUAUGAUAUCUUGUCUCGGACUGCAGAUAGUGGUGAGGAUGCUUGUUUAUGGUCAUCAGGUCUCCUAUCACGACGUUCACGAUACUUAUGUUAUGCUUCAGAAAAUAUAAAUACAUGCUCUGGACAAAAACCAAUACUUGUUAAUUUGGUACUAGUAGAUGAUGGUGAACAUAUUCCUGCACAUCAUCAAGCAAUAUAUAAUACAAUCGAUACAGGUGAACGUGCUUUAAAAAGAAAAAUUCUUUGUGCUAAAUUUUCACCACGUUCUACAACUUCUCGUGCAAUUACCAGAAUUGGUGUUUACAGUCGUCCACGUACUACAACUGUUGGUUAUACACGUAUCGGUGAUAUCAAUUCCAUUGGGAUUUAUUGUAAACACACUGAGAUUGGUUUGCCUAAUUCAGAGAGAUCAUCUAGUCAAGUGAAACAACCCGCUGCUCCACCAAUUCCAACUCGACCAUCCUAUCCAGAUGCGAGUUAUGCAGGUUAUCCAAAUUUAUCUGCAUUGUCCUCAUCAUCAGUAAGCAAUGCUUCUUCAACUUGUGAUGCAUUCGCUACAACACGACGUGGAACAGUACAUCCUCUAUCUGGUGUUCCUUUCGAAUUAAACAAACGUUAUCUUAUCAGUGAACCAGAUGAAUAUAGAACUAAUAAUGCAACAGGAAAAAGGUACAAAUCAUUUGAUGAAAUAGAUUCUGAGUUUCAAUAUCGUUUUGAUCAGGAACGCUUUUUACUAGCAACAUCAACUUGACCGACUUAUUAUCAAAUGCACAGAUAAUAAUAAUAAUAAUGGUAUAACGAUUCAUGUGAUCUAUAUUUAUUUGUACUGAAUAAUUCUCCUAAUUUUUUUUCAUAAAAAAUGCAUAUGUAAUUUCACUUUAUAUAUAUAUAUAUAUUGAAAUAAAGUCG